UUGGCAUGAGGUAUUUUGUGUAUGUGUGUGUUUAUGUUGACAGUGUGACUGUGAUGUAAACUGUUUACCUUCUGAAUGUAAACUUUGGAGUACACAUUAUUAAGAAAUUGUGUUGGGAGGUAGUAUUUUCGCAUAACUUGGAACAUCUCCAUGCACGGCAAGGAACACAACAGUUACCUUGUGUACUGAAAAUAAAAUAUAGACUAUUGUUCUAUCAGAAUGUGAAAAUCUAUCUUGAGCUACUUUUGGACGUGUGGAAGUUAACAGAUUUCUCAAAAGUGAAGUUCUUGGACUCAAAACGCAUUAGUUUUUAGCAAAUGGUGCCAUUAGCUGUUUACCACCAACAAAGAAAAUGGAAAUAAUUUUGAAUGUCCAGUGAACGUGGAAACACCAUUGAUAAACAGCAGCUGUGCAAGUUCUAAGGGAUAAAUGUGCUGAAUGAUAUGGUUACCACACAGAAAAUUGUAUCGAUAACAAACUGUUAAGCAUCUGCAUACGACUGGACAGUCGUUAAAUCAGUGUGUCCUUUGACCAGAAAACUUCUUUAAUCAACAUUGGCAUUAUAGAACUGAGGCUGCGACAACUCAACUAGCCAUGUUGAAAAAUCCCUGUUUGAGAGAACAAAAUACUGAUAAAAGUGAAACUCACCAUUCUGAAGAUGAAGGACAUUCAAGUGAGAGACUACCUAUGCAUAGUAAUGAUGAGUCAAUCAAUGCCAAGGAUGAAACUACAGAUGCACAAAGUGACUGGGGAAGAAGACUUCCAGAGAAUGUACUAAUGCAUAUAUUUUCCUUAGUGUGCAGUGAAACUGGAUGCAUACCGUUCCUUGUCAGGGCAUCAAAAGUGUGUCAUCUCUGGAACCGUGUAGCUUCCAUUAAUUCCUUGUGGCACAAUGUAGAUCUAUCAGGAAACCGUCUUAAAAAAGCAUACAAAAAUGAUACUCGUAUCAGACGGUUAUUUUUGAAUAAAUUGACACAUGUACGUCAUCUUGACAUUGGUGAUUGGAAACUUGUAAAUGUAACUGAUGUGCUGGCGGCUAUAUGUGAAAGUUGUCAAAGACUGGAAAGUCUGUCAUUGUCGGGCUGGACAAGACUGAGUCCUGCAAAUCUAGCAUAUGUUGCAACUAAUUUACCUAAUUUGUCAAGAGUUGAUCUUUCAAGGACGGUUAGUGAUGGUAAAGUUGUCCCAGCACAGUCAUAUACAUCUGUUCUUCAAAUUAUGACUCAUAGACUGACACAUUUGGUGUUAUCAAACAACACAAUGUGUGGCCUUUCACAGAUCAUUAUUGCUUUGUCUAAAUGCAGCCAGGUAAUAUCACCGUCAAUCGCUGAUAUUUUGACACGAGCACACCCUGCCAUUUUCAAGUCAAAACUGCACCAAACAUCAUGCCCUAAUCUAGAACUGCUGGAUAUUUCCUUUCUUCAGAUGCAUUCUACUGCACUGAUAAACCUGGAAAAAUUUCAGAGCGGAUGCCAGAAACUGAAAGUUUUGAGGGUUACAAACAGCAAUAUAGCUUUAAGCCCAGUGCCACUUAACAUACAAGUUUUAUCUCCUGGCUUCCCUGACCUUGAGGAAUUAAAUAUUGCAGCAUUUACUCUUUUUGAUGAAUCAUGCUCAAAACCCAUAGUUGAUGACAACUCCAUAGAAAGGAUUUUAAAAACCUCAACUAAACUUAAGCUAUUAGAUGUUCGUGGCCAGAAUAGUGUGUCAGAUGCAGGUUUAGUAAGAAUACCUGCAUGGAAUGUUGAACGAUUAUUUCUUGCAGGUUGCUGUAUCUCACGGAAAAAUGUUUCUGGUUUGGAGCUGAUUAUGCAAAAAUGGAAUCAUAGUUUAGUGGAGGUGGACUUAAGUUGGGUGCAUAUUAAUGAAUCUCUUGACUCUGGCCUGACUGCUCUUGCUGAAUGCGGAGAAAAAUCACAACUACAGAUUCUCAACCUGUGUGGAUCAUCAGCAAGUCUUCAUGCUGUGAAAGCUGUUGUCUUGAAAUGUCCUUUACUAAAUUCUCUGAACCUAUCAUCUUGCCGUGCAUUGUCUCGUGGUAUGAAGAGACGCUAUACUGGCGGUGAGAUUUCUGAACUGCGCAGCAAGUUAAAAAACAGCUAGGUUUGUGGACUUGAAAAGACAAAGCUGAUCUUUCUAGCCAUAUCUGGAAAAGGUAGUUUGUGUUAAAAAGAGACUGAAACUCAUUAAAGUGCUGACACACCAGUAAAAUGAUCACAGGUAUACAAGGUGAUUAGUGUUUGGGUACUGAAACAUGAGAAACAUUGUUUGUGCACUGACAAUUGUACUAUUUGCAUUAGGCAAAUUUAGAAAAAGACUAUGAAGCCAUUAUCUGUAGAACAGCUUCAUUAUUAUAUUUUAACACUACAUUUAUGUGAGGUGUAGUUUUUUGAAAGACUGUUUUUAUUUCCGUAACAUCACAGUGUGAUUGUAUUUUUCCAGCUGCUUCAUAUUUAUGUUUCUAUCCUGUAUUUGUAUAAGGCCUGUUGUGUGCUAGAUUUUGUUUAAAUGUUAUUAUUAUUUCAGUAGGGCCAUUGGCUGUUGAGUUUCGAAUUUUUAUCUGAGAAGCAAUAAUUGGAUUGUUCAUUAUGUUUUAAAGAUAUGUAAAUACAAUAAUCUUUAAAUGACUAGAAUUCACCUCAGAUAGCCUGCUCUAGCAUGUUAAUACACUUGCUGAAAGUGGAAAAUGAACACUGUGAAGCAGAGAUAUACCAAAUGAAUGAAGUUUCCUUCACGUGUUGUGCAAGCUAUAUACUAUAUAUAGGAUCACAAUCACAAGCACCGUUGUAAUGAUCCAGUUUCAUGAGCAUUUCUGCAACAAAACAGCCAUAAUUUUUAGUGAACAGGAAGACACAUUACUGUUAUUUUUCUGAUUUUGUCACUCAUCCAAACACCGUGCGGCAAGUCCUGUAAAAUGGUUCUUUAUAAUUAAUGAGAAGCACUAUAUUGCUUAUGUUCCAAAGGAUUAAUUUAUUGUGUCAACUGGUUUUAGGCUUAUAAGAUCAUCAUCAGACUUUAACUGACCAUUAUUUUAUUCGGUUUGUUUAUUUAAUGUUAUACAGACAUGAUUAUCGAGUGGAGCGGUAAGGUUUUUCCUGUUUGCUCGCUUUAUAUUUACCUGUUGUUCAGCUAUUUUUCUUUUAAGUUGCAUUACCAGUACACUGUCAAAGAUGCCAUUUACUGUGUGUUUGUGUGCUGUUUACAGACAUUGUAAUUUCUUUGGUGGAAAUAGUCAGUUAAAGUCUAAUAAUGGCUUUGCAAGCCAAAAACCGGUUAAUGCAAUAAAUUAAUCAUAUAGAACAUGAGCAACAUAGUGCUUUUCAUUUAUUAUACAAUUGUCCUACCAAGAACUGACAGAAGAUUCAGUUAACAUGUUAUUACUUUAUUAUUCUGGUUAUUAAUUGUGAGGAUACGUCGUAAAAUGUUGUACAUUGUGUGUCAGUACCACAAAAAAAGAAAAAAAUAAAAAAAAAUCAAUCUCAACUGAUAAGUAAUUAAAACAGUUUUCUUGAUGAUUACAAUAUUUGUAAUUACAUUUGUGAUAACCUGUAUUUUUGUUAUUCUUAUUCUUACAUUGACCAGCAAUAUGUCCUGUCAUAGUAAAAAUUUUUGUAUUUCCAUCUUUAUGCAAGACAUUUGCUGAUGUGCAGUUUUAUUCUCUCACUGUAAAAAAGACUUUGAGGGUAAAAAGCUCUGUAAAAAAAUCAGUGUCAGCUUAUGACCUUACUGAAUAUAUAAUAGGUGCCUCAUGUAGUGUCAUUACUGGGUGACCCAUGUAACCUAAAGGAAACAAAGCUCUGCAGUGUUUGGUAAUUGCCUUAAUCCAAGUGUUGCAUAUUUACUUAAAUAUCUUUUUCAGUUCCAUCUUUUUGUUACUUUAUUUUGAUCAUAAUAACUUAAAAUUAGUACUUCACUAGCUGCCUGCACCAGCUUCACACAGGUAGCACAAAUAUCUUCCCAAGUUCCAGCUUUUUGUUACUUUAUCG